AUGACAGGAACAGGACAGAGCAGCAGCGAAGGCUCAGUGUUGGCCUUAGCGUGGGGAGAGCAAGGGGGGUGGGUUAAGAUUGACAGCCCAGGGCACGGAGCUGUCAGCUGGGCCCAAGGUGUGGAGGUGUGGAGGCUUCGGCCGAUAAGCAUCAGAGCGAAUAUGAGAAGCCAGAUAGUCAUCGCUCACAGGAAGCAGAGCGAUACCAUUGCAGAAGAAACCACAGGAGAGAGGCUGACCUUGUGUCUGUGGCUCUGUGCAGCAGCACUGUGCAGAUAUCUGUUAAAGCGGUCACUAAACGCAGAAUCUCUGAGCUUCAAGAUGGCUGACUAUCUGACCAGAGCAUGCAGACUUCAACUGGCCACAGCCAUGGAGAACCUGAUCAGGACAGCAGUGCUUGAGGUCUCUCAAAUCUUCGAGGAUAGCUUACAUGAUCAUCAAGUGGAGCUGUCGCUCAGAAGAGAAGAAAUAGUUCAUCUCAAAGUGAAGUUGCAGCGAGCUGAGCUCAGGCUCAGAGACAUCACAGUGGAACAUGACACAGACAUGAGCACUGCUCAACUUUCUGAAAGCCCAAAAAACUCUGAAGCACCUCCUCUGGAAGAAACGACUGCCGCUGAAUCUGUCUAUGAAGUACCGGGUGACUGGUGUGUUCCACUGGAUUCUGAUUAUAUCAGCAAACAAGAAAAUCCUUGCCCAAGUGUUCGACUUAAACAAUGUUCUAUACCUUUGUGGCCCAUUCCCUUGAAGCAUAAGGCUUUUCUGAAUAUUCCGCAACAAAGACUCAGACGGCGAGACCAUGGGGACAAAAUAGGAAUUCAGCCACCAAUCAAAAGAAAGCCUGGCCGACCAAGAGUUCGACCAUUAGACGAUCCACGUAAAGACGUACGGCUGACCAUCAAGCAAGAACCAAGCACCAAAAGAAAGCCUGGCCGACCAAGAGUUCGACCAUUAGACAAUCUACGUAAAGACUGCAAAAUUACGGAAACGCACCAGAAGACAGUGGCGUUAUCUUUCAGGGAUUCGUACAGGUCUCAAUUGGUGUGGACUCCUGAAUACUCUCAUCCCUCCAAAGGGGCCAGCUCCAUCCGUCCUGACUGGAGGCGUCAGCGGGCAGCAGCAUGGACACUGACUUGGCCAAAAGCACCACCAUCCCCUCUUCCACCGCUCUACCACAUCCACAACGCUGCCCUGCCAAACCGGGCAACCCAACCGGCCCCUCUGAUGGGCGAAGACACUGACGCCAGCGAGACAUUGAACCACCAGGGCUUCCUCCCAGACCACAACUAUGUGACUGACGCUGAUAUCAUCUCCACAGUCGAGUUCAACCACACCGGAGAGCUCCUGGCCACAGGGGACAAGGGAGGUCGAGUGGUCAUCUUUCAGAGGGAACCUGAGAGCAAGACUGAGCCCUUCUCGCAGGGAGAGUACAAUGUCUACAGCACCUUUCAGAGCCAUGAGCCCGAGUUCGACUAUCUUAAAAGUUUGGAAAUUGAGGAGAAAAUCAACAAGAUUCGAUGGCUGCCACAGCAGAAUGCGGCACACUUCCUCCUGUCCACCAACGAUAAGACCAUUAAGUUGUGGAAGGUGAGUGAGCGAGACAAGCGACCAGAAGGAUACAACCUGAAGGAUGAGGAGGGCCGCAUCAAGGACAUCUCCACUGUCACCUCCCUGCAGGUGCCCGUGCUGAAGCCCAUGGACCUGAUGGUGGAGGUGAGCCCACGGAGGGUCUUUGCCAACGCACACACGUACCACGUCAACUCCAUCUCCGUCAACUCCGACUACGAGACCUACAUGUCCGCCGACGACCUGCGCAUCAACCUGUGGAACCUGGACAUCACUGACCGCAGCUUCAAUAUCGUGGACAUCAAACCUGCCAACAUGGAGGACCUGACGGAGGUGAUCACGGCCGCAGAGUUCCACCCACAUCACUGUAACCUGUUCGUCUACAGCAGCAGCAAAGGCUCGCUGCGUCUGUGCGACAUGAGAGAGGCCGCGCUCUGCGACAAGCACUCCAAAUUAUUCGAGGAGCCAGAGGACCCCAGCGCUCGCUCGUUCUUCUCAGAAAUCAUUUCCUCUGUGUCAGAUGUCAAAUUCAGCCACAGUGGGCGAUACCUGCUCACGAGGGACUACCUAACGGCCAAAGUCUGGGACCUCAACAUGGAGAGCAAGCCCCUGGAGACGUACCAGGUUCACGAUUACCUCCGAAGCAAGUUGUGCUCACUUUACGAGAAUGACUGCAUCUUCGACAAGUUUGAGUGCGCCUGGAAUGGUACAGACAGCGUGAUCAUGACAGGAGCCUACAACAACUUCUUCCGCAUGUUCGAUCGGAACACGAAGCGCGACGUAACUCUGGAGGCGUCCAGAGAGAGCAGCAAACCCAGAGCCGUUCUAAAACCGCGGAGAGUCUGCGCCGCCGGAGGGAAGAGGCGGAAGGACGACAUCAGCGUGGACAGUUUGGACUUCACCAAAAAGAUCCUGCACACCGCCUGGCACCCCAACGAGAACAUCAUCGCCAUCGCUGCCACCAACAACCUGUACAUAUUUCAGGACAAACUGAACUCGGAGAUGCACUGA